AUGCUUCGCCCAACUCCUACACUCGCAUCUAAGCUAUCCAAGCUAGGCAUUCACAAGCCUCUUCCACUCUCUAGUCGCGACGCCCAUAAACUUCUCGGAUUAUUGAAGACGUCGUUUCGGAAACAUCUUGAUGAAGAACAUGGCCCGUCGGAGGCAUCAACAGCAGAAGACAGCUUGACGAACCCUUCUCGCCCAGCACCAUCUAUUUUAAAACCAGGGUCGCGUCAGCAUCCUGCAGAUCGACAUUUCCAUGCUAUGCUAUCCAAUCCACUUUUCACCCACGCGGUUGUCCCAGGGAAAUUUACAGGCAAUCGUCAUGAGAUAUUCAACCAGACGGUAGCUGCAGGAGGGAUGAACAUUGAGCUGGCAACGCGAUACUUGGAAUCCGUAGAGGCGGUGAAGACUUCUUCAUCGAUAGAAUGUUUGAAAACCGAUUUGAAAAAUUCUGGAGCGGGCUUAAAGGUGUUGCAGUGGCUACGGUCGAGUGGUCUCUCGAACGGGCUCGAAUUUCUCGAAAACGACAGAUUCACUCGUAUUCUGAUGCGCUUCCUUGUCGCAGAAGGUCUAGGAGAUAUGGCUUGGGCGUGGGUGGCCAAGAGUCUUACCAUAUCUUCAUCCCAGCCUACACCUAGUAUCCCAGAGAAUCGACUUCGAAUUCCCCUACAGUUCUUGAUUCGCGCACAAGUUCGUCUCGAAAUGGGCAUAACGGAGGCAUGUACUUUACUAAGAAAGGCUUCCUCUUUAUUGAGAUCUCUUAGUUUCCCGCGCCCACUGCAGGACCACAUCAUCUACUCUGCACGAGACUCCAUUAUCUGGAAUUACCUGAAAUAUCACUCUAGAAUGAGUCCGGCUACAGAAGAGUCUUAUGAUAUUCUGUAUAGUUCACUGCCAAAUAAGCCUAACGACCAAAAAUAUUUUAUCUUUAAGGCUCACUUGCAUCUUCUUCAUCCAACAAAGCCUACUGCACAACCUGCGAUGGAUAUACUCUCGACAUGGCAGCCAUCAUCAGAAAUACGUGGCAAUAUGACGGAUGAACAACUUAAGAAAGAGCGCUUCAUUAUCAUCAACCUCGGGCUCGAUCUGACGAACUUCUUGCUAACGCAUGAUCGUAUUGAUGAAGCAGACUGGGUGAUGGAAUAUCUAAGCAGCAACUUUCCCUCAGCGUUAGGUGUAAGCAAGAAAUUGACCCAGAAACGCGCCGAUGCUACUAGCGAGAUUUCCUCUCUUGAUUUAUUGGGGGCUUUGGAUAUGAAGAUUGCUUAG